ACGAUGAAGUGAUGUGUGGACGCACGUGAAUAACGUUUGACUGCACAUAAGACUGGAGUAUGUUGUGGCUCGUCAGGUAUCCACAGAAAAACAGACGAGCACAGGUGAUACCCGGAUACACUUGUCCGCUUUCAUUUCAAGGUUUAUGUGCGCGAGGCAGUGUUGUUUAAACCACCGCGAGCAUCUCCCGUGUGCGCAGGUGGCCAGUUGUGUUUUUUUCACUUAAUAUCUUCUGCGGCUUUUCCCACGGGGAGCAACAAAUAACGAAAGCCGAGAAAAAUAAAAUGGCUUUCGUAAACCUGUUCACGAAUCUGUCUGCUGAAGACGAAGCUUUGAAGAGCCCAGGUCAACCAGCCAUCACACGCAGGUCUGAGAGAGGUCAUGGUAAAAGAGGCAGUGCCAGAAAGAGGAAAACCCAGGAUGAGCAGACUUGGCGUGACAAGAAGAAACAUUGUUAUCCAGCCCUGACAAGCAAGACUUAUCAUGCUAAAUCCUUUAAAGACAACGAGUCCAAGUACAUGCGCUGCCAUAUGCAGAACACCGACAGGGAACGUUCAAGUAUUGGCCACAAUAACAUGAAUCACAAAGGUCAGAAUUACAAAGCCAAAAAUAACCAGAACGUCAACAACCAGGGGGGGCGGAAAAAUCAGUAUCAACGUGAAGGUAGAGGACGAUAUACCAACAGAGGUGGACACUUUCAGACGAGACCUGCUUCAAGAAGAGGUGGAGGAGACGGUGAACGUAAAGAUGGCAAGCAGGGUGCUCAAGUGGAACGCACAAGAUUUAUGACCCAAGAGUUUAAGGACCAGAAUGCUUUGUUCGUGAAUGGACGGUUACUUUGUCGACAUUUCCUUUGGGGAAAGUGCAUUAAGGGUGAUGAUUGCCAGCUGGAGCACAUCCAUGGUUGCAACGAUCUCAUCCAAGAAGUUUGCAAAUUUUACAUCCAAGGAUUUUGCACGAAAGGGCAGAGCUGCCCAUACAUGCACAAGUCCUUUCCUUGCAAGUUCUUCCAUAAAAGAGGAACGUGUUCUCUGGGAGCAGAUUGCAGGUUUUCCCACGAGCCACUGACUGAGAUCACUAACCGACUGCUGGAUGAGGCAUUAAAAAGAGAAAAUGAACUCUAUGAACUUACAAAAAAAGCCGAACAGGAGGCGUCAGGACAGCCAGCAGACGCAGACGCAGAGCCAGAAAUUACAGAGGAAAAUAGGACCCCUGAUGUACUGAUGCAUCCGAUCAGGCCUAACUUUUACAACAGUGGAGAAACAAACUCCGAGCAGGAAGCAUUGUCACGUCCAACUGAAGAACUGUCUGAUAUCAUGGAGACAGGUGUCCCAUCACAGACAUCAGAUGCUGCCCAACCCCACAGCCCUGCGCCAACUAACCUUAAUCACAAGGAGCCAGUGUGUUAUUCAGUAGAAGCGGUGCUCGGACGUCAGCUGUUCAAACCAUUCAGUUUCUUUACAACUCCUGGAAGUCAAGAAUCUGCACCUCUCCCUGUUCCACUGUCUGCUUCUGAUUGUACUUCAGGCUCUGCAAACCAAAGCAAAGUUCCCUACUCAGCGGAUGCUGUUUAUACUGUCAGGUCCUGUAAAUCAGUGGGAAAUUCUACCUUUGGCCAUAUACCCGCCCCCGCUCCUGCACAAACUGUAUCGUAUGCUCCAAAAACUCACUGUGAAGAGCUCACUGAUCCUCUGCAAAGCUCAACAACAGAGAAGGGUUUGACUUCUCUAAAUACCAGAAAUGAACUGAAUAAAUCCCAGGAAAAAAUGUUUAAGAGCUUGUCAUCCCUCUCAGUGCACACUGACCUGAUUUCAGAGACCUGCCCUGAUCUUACUCUGGCCUCUGAGGAUCACAAGAAACAAGGUGGGGAAAUGCCAGAAUCCCUGAAACCUGCUCAAAGAGGUCCCCCCUUCAGUAGGAAAGAAGAUCUGAAGCCACAUCUUUCCGGUCUGACAUCAAACUCACAAGCUUCAGUAAAGCCUCUUUGGCCCUCUUCAUGUUUCUCAGAGUGUAACGACAGGGCUGCUGUUCCUGCUGUUCCUGUGACCUGCUCCGCUGAUUCUGGAGACUCUGUCAGUCCUGAUUUAGCAGAGAAACAACCCACUGAGAUCCAUCAGCGCCCCAAAAAGACACAACCUGGCCUCAAACUCGGCACACGACACCUGAACGACACAACAGCCACGGAAACCACAGCAGAGUGCAGCAGUAAAAUGGCUGAUAUGUCAGUUGGAUCCAAAAAGACCCAGAACAGAUGGUUUUACAGGCUUUUUGAGGGACCUAUCACUGACAGGCUGCAGCCAGCACCAGCGUCUGGAACAGCUCCUGCUUGUACUCAAGCCUCUGUUCAACCUUCCUGUUCUACUCUACCGUCUGCACAUUGCACAAGUGAAGACAUACAUGUGGUUGAACCAGGCGAAGCCUCGGACAGGCCCUUCCUCAGUCUUUUUGCUACCCCUCCCAGUGCUUCCUGUUCGCAAGGGUCAAACCCAUCAUCUGAUAAAACAUCUGCUUUACAGGGCUCUGAACAAAGAGCUUCUACUGUAGAGACAUCUCUCCCACACCAGGUCAGAACUGAUGUCAAACAAACGUCUCGCAGGCCGACGUCUCCUGAAUUUAGCCCUAGUCCUAAAAGUGAAAAUGAGGAUGUUUUAUCUGAGCCUGUAAAUGAACCAUCAAAGCAGCAGGUGAAUCCCGUCUGUAGCCCUGCGUGCAGUUCUCUCCGUGAGAUGUCCCCCUGUCCAGCUCCUGGUGGUGACACUGCAGAUCCAGCUACAACCCAGGCUCCUCAGCAGCUGCCCGACAUGCCAUCACCCAAAGGAUCUGCAGCGGCAGCCGCUUCAAAUUCAGUUCUGAAGACUCUGUUUCUGUGCCUGAGCCCAUACCAACAGGAUGGAGAGCAACGGGACAGUGUCCCCAUCAGUGUCUCCUCAGAAAGUGAAAAGAAGGAGAAAUCCACCACGGCGUGUGACUUUGUCAGGCAACAGCAGAAGAGGAAGAAUAAGAAAAGACAAAAGAAUAAACUCAAGGCUCAGUAUCCCCACCAACAGUCUACAGAGAAAACAGCUACACACUCAUCAGAGCACCAGUCCUCUUUUCACACCUCUCCAGUCUCUUUGGAGGCAGCAGAAUAAUCCGCUGUCAGCAGUCCUGCUAUGGAUGAACCUCAGGCUGGAACCUCUGGCACACACAACUUACCAUUCAAACCAGUGACGCUACUGAUGGAGCGUCACACCCUGCCGAGACUGAAGCACACAUCAGAGGAAGGCAAGUGGGUGAAUGGGAACAUGGCGGUCACACCACCCAAGGACCUUUUUAAGACUUUAGACAGCACUUUGGACAUUAACGUUGGAAUUAGUUAAUUACUUCUUUUUUUUUAUCUCACCAACAGUCUGAAGUAAAAACAUUUAUUCUUUUUUUGCCAGUGUUCAGAUUGAAAAUGAAUGUAGAUAUUGUGUGAAUCAAAGCUCAAAGUGCUGACCUUUAUAACCAGUAUGUGUUUAUAUUUCAUUAGGAUGUUUUAGUUUGAAAAUAAACUCUUUGUUUCUUCAGAUGUCGGCUCAGUCCAUACCCUUUUCAAAAAGCUUUGACUGAAUAUCAGUGCAUCAAACACCU